AUGUCGAACCUCAACUCGUGGGAAGACGAUCCUUCGGCCCAGGAUGACAACCUGUCGCGCCAGGCCCAGCAGCAACUUAACCUCAACCAACAGCAGAACUCUCAGCCCGGCACCUUCCGCCCAGGCGCCUCCUCCUUCACCCCCGGAGCUCAGGCAUUCCAGCCCGGUCAGCAAUACGGCGGCUACGCCCCUCAAUACCAGCAGUACUACAACCAGGGCUACGCUGGUGCUGGCGGCUUCCCUCAGUACGGUGGUCAAGGUCAACAAACUUUCAACCAGUACGGACAGGGCAACAACUAUGGUGCCUAUGGCCACCAGGGCUACCAACAACCCUACGGCCAGGGUUACCCUCAGUACGGCCAGCAGCAGCAACAGCAACAACAACAGCAGCAGCAGCAACAGCCCGCCCCGACCAUUGCCAAGCGCCCCGCCGAUGCCCCCGCGCCCGCGCCCGCGCCCCAACCUACAGUGAAGAAGGAGGGCGGUGCCAAAGUCUUGAGCAUUGGCGGUGACGCCCCCAAGCCCAAGGCGAAGGUCCUUUCCAUCGGCGGUACUGCCCCGCCUAAGAAGGAGGAGAAGAAGGAGGAGUCUGCUAAGGAGGCCGGCGCCGCCGCGGCCGAGGCCGGAGCCAAGGCCACGGCUGCCAAGGCGAUUGAGAAGACGGGUGCUUCUACUACCAAGUCCGGAAAGACCUCUCCGUCCCCUUCUUCCGGCCGCUCAAGCCCCUCUGCAGGUGAAAAGAAGACCGCCGCGAGAGAUGUCGACGCCGUUCAAAAGGAGCAGACUGCCGACGUCGACGAGGCGACUCUGAAGGAAAUUUACGGAAAGGAGCACGUCAACAUCAUUUUCAUCGGGCACGUUGAUGCCGGAAAGUCCACUCUGGGUGGCUCCAUCCUAUACAACACAGGAAUGGUAGAUGAGCGGACAAUGGAAAAGUACAAGAAGGAAGCCAGAGAACUCGGCAACCCGUCUUGGUACCUCUCCUGGGUCAUGGACUUGAACAAGGAGGAAAGGUCACAGGGUAAGACGAUUGAGGUUGGCAGAGGUUACUUCGAGACCGAUGUGCGACGAUACAGUAUCCUUGACGCUCCCGGCCACAAGACCUACGUGCCCAACAUGAUCGGUGGUGCCUCGCAGGCUGAUGUCGGUAUCUUGGUCAUUUCAGCCCGUAAGGGCGAGUACGAGACCGGCUUCGAACGUGGUGGCCAGACCAGAGAGCACGCUAUGCUUGCCAAGACGCAGGGAGUCAACAAGUUGAUUGUUGCCAUCAACAAGAUGGACGAUGCUACUGUAGAAUGGUCGCACGAGCGCUACCAGGAGUGCACGUCCAAGCUGUCCCAGUUCCUUAAGGGAACUGGUUACAACCUGAAGACGGACGUUUUCUUCAUCCCCGUGGCCGCCCAGCAGUCAAUCAACAUUAAAGAGAGGAUUCCCAAGGGCACUGCCGAUUGGUACGACGGACCCUCAUUGCUUGAGUACCUCGAUGGUAUGAAGGCUCUGGAGCGCAAGGUCAACGCGCCUUUCAUGAUGGCCGUCGCAGGCAAGUACCGCGAUAUGGGCACCAUGAUUGAGGGUAAGAUUGAGGCCGGUGUCAUCAAGAAGGGCAUGUCACUUGUCAUGAUGCCCAACAAGCAGAACGUGGAUGCCUCGGCCAUUUACGGCGAGACUGAGGAGGAAGUGCAGGUUGCCCAGUGUGGCGACCAGGUUCGCAUCCGUCUUCGAGGCAUUGAGGAGGAAGACAUUAUGCCUGGCUUCGUCCUGUGCUCGCCCAAGCGCUUGGUGCACAACGUGCAGACAUUUGAGGCGCAGAUCCGCAUCCUGGAGUUGAAGAGCAUCUUGUCAGCGGGCUUCAACUGCGUGCUGCACGUCCACGCUGCCAUCGAAGAAGUGACUUUCGCCGCCUUGCUGCACAAGUUGCAAAAGGGCACCAACCGCAAGAGCAAGCUGCCGCCUUCGCACGCAAAGAAGGGAGACAGUAUCAUCGCUCGUCUGCAAGUCAUUGGCGGUGCCGGCUCAGUGUGCAUUGAAAGGUUCGAAGACUACCCGCAAAUGGGUCGUUUCACCCUCAGAGACCAGGGACAAACCAUUGCCAUUGGCAAGAUUACGAAGCUGAUCACUGACGAGGCUUCUUAA